AUGGCCGACCCUUUCGAAGUUCGCAUGCGAUUCACCAAUCUCCUCACCCACCUCUCGGCCUCGGCAACUGCAUCUAUCAAAACUGCGCACUAUGCGCUCAAACACCGCGAUAUGGACGAGGACCUACACUCAUGUAUCCUCGAGAAUUUAGAAAGAGGGAACAAUAUGAACAAUCGCGCGAAUAUCAUGUACUUUCUCGAGCAUCAUGCCGACAUCAAUAUGAAGGAGGGUGGCCAUGAGGCCUACGUUGAAAUGGUUCGGCGCGACAUUCAGCGUAUCGUCGACGCCGUGGCGCAGAGCGGUGCGAACGUCAAGGUCGUGAGGAGAGUGGUCACGGGGCUGGGACAGAAAGGAGUGCUGACCGCAGAAGCCUUGAGCGUAAUAGAGACUGGUCUGAAGGACCAAGAAGAGAAAUUAGGGAGACUACUUGGUGACGAAGAUGGCAAGCCUGAGGGUGAUAAGGAUACUGUGGACGGGGCGGCAGACGCUACGGCAGACACUCACAAAGCGACUCCGAGGACAGGAGCGCCGCAUUCUGGAAAACCGAACGGCGUGUCCAAAAUGGAUAGGAGAGCGAUCGAGCAGAGAAUCGAGGAGGAUCGAGAACGAAACAAACGACUACGAGAGAGUGUGUGGGCUGUCACUGGUGAUGAUGACCAGGAGUUGGACAAGAUGUGGGAAGAAGGGAAUUACGUUGGUGAAGAUGAACUUAUCAUUGCUGAUGAAGACGCCGAUGAGCGUCUUCAGUUCGUGCGGUAUCAUCGAACGACGUUAGGAAGCUGA